UGCAGGGAUCAAAGCUGGAAAUACCUCUGUGGCUGGCGAAAGGCCUACAGGACAGCAAAAGGAGAAUAAUUUCUGUGGAACUGCCGAAGGUUUACAAAGAAGCCUGGAGGACAGUGUUCAGUGCUGAUGCCACUGUGGUUGAUCUCCAUAAAAUGGGGCCGUACUACUACGGAUUUGGCUCCCAGCUCCUGAAUUUUGACAAUCCAGAGAAUCCUGAGAUAGCUCAGACUAUCCUGCAGACGUUUAUUAGCCGUUUUCGUCGCAUCAUGGACUCCUCUCAGAAUGCCUACAAUGAAGACACGUCAGCGCUGGUGGCUCGGCUGGAUGAAUUGGAGCGAGCCUUAUUUCAAGCUGGCCAGAAAGGGCUGAAUGACUUCCAGUGCUGGGAAAAGGGACAGGCUUCUCAAAUCACAGCUUCCAGUCUGGUCCAGAGUUAUGGGAAAAGAAAGUUCACAGAUAUGGAUGGUUAAAAGCCUGAAGAAC